UGUGAAUCGAUCGAGGAAUGAGGAGAAGAAGAGGACCAAUUCCUCAAUCUAUCUAUUUGAUCCGAUUCACCUUCCCUUCCGAUUGAUUCCUCUCCUCUCUCUUCUCCUUCUCCCGAGAAGCGCAAGCAAUCCCCUCCAAUCCUCCACAUGUCAUCCACCAUUUGCUUGGAUUGGAGUUGAAGUAAUAGCAACCCUUAAGGCGGAGGUGCGGAGGCGGCGGCGGAGCCCGGAGGUGAGGUCAGGUUGGCUGUCGGCAUCGCAUCGUCCCGAAGGGAGGCGACAUCCCACGAUACUUUACCGCACAAACGAGAAGAAGAACAAGAGAUUGCUCAUUCGUUCACCAAGUGGGGAGAGAGAGAGAGCCAUCAUCCAUGGUCUUGUACGACCACGACCCAGAUAUCAUCCGAUGGGGCCUUCAUCUCCUCCUCCCAGGUGGAGUUGUUGGUGGAGGUGGAGGUGCUGCUACCGACAACCCUGCCCAUCAUCACACCCAGACCACCACAUCUACACCUUAUUCAGCGUACGCUCCGCCCCUUCACCAUGCCAACGGGGAUAGCUCCAAUUCCACUGAGAUCAAGGUUGAGCAUGUCGCCCUCAACGAUGCCGUUGACAAUGAUAAGAUCAUCGCUCAAGCCCUGCAGGAGGAACUGUCCCAAAUCGCCCUUGCCGAAGCAUCUGGAGCAUCCUCAGCUGACGACAACCACUCUGCUGUUCUCACGCAACAGUGGUUUCGCCCACGCACCAUCCAUGUAGCAUCAGGGACAUCUCCAGCUUCUCGACAGGCAGAGAGCCGGGAGGAACCAUUUAGUUCAUGCUCAAGCCCUGGAGAUGACAAUGUCCAACAUGGUGAGGCAUGCUUGAUCGACCUCAUCGAUGACUUCUCUGUCCUAGACGGCGAAGUUGGCAAAAGAUUGAAUGACAUGGUUCCUGUUCCUCAUGUUCGUAAGACAAAUGGAGAGAUUCCUUCUGUUGAUGAAGCCAUCUCAGAUCAUCAAAGACUCCUUGAUAGGUUGGUGCUGUACGGUUUGAUCGAGCUCAAGGUUAAAGGAGAUGGCAAUUGUCAGUUUCGAGCAUUGUCAAAUCAAUUUUACCGCACUCCUGAACAUCACAGAUUUGUUCGGCAGCAAGUGGUGAAGCAGCUUGAAUCACAUCCUGAGUUUUAUGCGGGAUAUGUCCCUAUGGAUUACAGGGAAUAUCUCAAAAAGAUGUCAAAGAGUGGAGAGUGGGGUGACCACGUUACGUUGCAGGCUGCUGCAGACUCGUAUGGUGUGAAGGUCUUCAUCCUGAUAUCAUUCGAAGAUACAUGCUACAUUGAAAUUGUUCCUGUUAUUGAGAAAUCAAGAAUAGUUAUAUGCUUGAGCUUUUGGGCAGAGGUGCACUACAAUUCGAUAUAUCCGGAAGGAGAGUUACCUGUUUUGUUGGUGCACAAAAAGAAGAGUUGGUGGCCCUUCUAGCGGUAGCCAGUUCCAGGUCAGGAAGAAGACUAGAGCAGCUAACGUAACCUCCAGUGAAUGAUUCAUCCGUUGUUUUCCCGGUGGCAUCUACGCAUCUCGGAUUUUGUCAGGCCAUGUGACCUGACUGACGGUGAUGUAGAUAAGAUACUAGUAUCUGUACAGACAGAGAGGUGAUUAGCAUGAGAGGGAGGCGAUUACUGAUUAGACAUAUUCAUUCAUUUUCUGAUUUGUGGCUGGGCAUUUAGGAUCAUUCUUUUGUUCUUUGGACAGAUCAGACUGAAUACUACUAGUGUGAUUGAUUAUAACUUGAGAGGGAGCACAGCUUUGAUUGAUUGCCGGUUUGCCACUGCCACUGCCAGCGUGGAUCCGGAAUUGGAGAAAUAAGUUUGCUCAAUUUUCAUUGAUCUA